AUGGCUUCGUUGCCAUUUUCAAUUGACAAUAUACUGAGUCCAGAGUUUGCUACAAGUUCCAUAAAGUUGUCGCUGUGGAAUGGUACAUCGCCGAGUUCGUCAUGGGAGAAGACGCCGUCAUGGAAUGAUGAAAAAAAACGUUCGUUUCAGUGUCAAGAAUGUGGCAAGAUAUUUAAUGCUCAUUACAAUUUGACCCGUCAUAUGCCUGUUCAUACCGGUGUUCGACCUUUUGUCUGUAAGAUUUGUGGUAAAGCUUUUCGACAGGCUUCAACGUUAUGCCGUCAUAAAAUAAUUCAUACUGAACAAAAACCUCAUACGUGUUCAACUUGUGGUAAAUGCUUUAAUCGAUCCUCAACAUUAAACACACAUAUCCGGAUUCAUUUAGCUCAAAUUCCAAUCACUUUUUGCAUUCUUACCGCAGUCUGUUUCCCAACUAAUCACCUACUGAGUUUUCGCCUUUUUUGGGGAAGAGGGGAAGGCUGUAUUAUCUUUGAUAACGUUAAUGAUUAG